AUUCGAUUGCACGCAGGGGAGCGUAUCGGUCGGUACAUCAACGGGGGAAAAAAAUUUGCAUCGGGCCUUCGAGGAUGAUGUGGACGUCUGGAUGGUCAUUGGCAGACCAAACGUGAUGAAAUUACUAAUUCGACGUCUACCGAGAAUUGGCCAUUCAUACAAUAUUCAAGAUCCUCUCCGCGCGGGUUCCCUAUAUAACACCCUUCUACGGAACGGAACACCAGUCUUCGUCCAGGAUCUUCGUUUACACGCAACGAAAAACACUUCGUCUAAUCCCAUCCCGUAUACAAUCCUAAACGAAAUCCGUUCGAAUCAUGAUUCGGCAAACUUGUCUAAUCCUGUCCCUCGCCCUCCUCCUCUCCAUCGUUUGGACUUUUCCUCAACAGCCCAAGUCAAGGAGGCCGAUCCCCCAGUUCAAGAACAAGACCGGGGGCCUGGAACUUCCCGACAACGCCACAUUGAUCAGGGAGAAUAUCGUUGACAAUUUCUCAUGUCAGGACAGAAUUUACGGAUACUACGCCGACAUGGAGAACGAUUGUCAGAUUUUCCACGUUUGCAUGCCACAGAUCAGGGGCUCGACCAGAUGGAGCUUCAUCUGUCCAGCGGAGACGGUAUUCAAUCAAGCGACGUUCGUUUGCACGAAAACGGAAAACUCGAUACCAUGCGAGGAAUCUGAGAAAUUCUACAACUUGAACGAGGCGAUUGGCAAGGAGGUAGAGGAAGAGGAAAACGACGUGGAGGAGCGGCCUACGAAGGAAUCGGACGCGGAACCGAUUUCGAGCAGACCUCCGGCCAGGACGUCGAGGAUCUCGAAUCCGAAGAAAAUAUCACGGGAUCAGUGAUCUCUUGCGAUCGCUAAGAAGUGCGGCUGUGUGUGUACGUAUGUAUGUAUGUAUGUAUGUGUGUUCCUAGAAGAGAUCAAACUCGUGAACUUUUGAAAGAGAAAAAAAAAAAAAAAAAAAAAAACAAGAUUACGCUUGCUCGAGGAAAAGCAAAGAAUAAGUUUGCUUAGUAUUUAAAUAUUGAUAUUUAAAUAUAGAAUAAAAAUUGUAUCGAAAUGUACAUUUGAACGUGUUAAAGAUAUAUAAAUAUAUAUGUAGUUUGGCGAAAGUUAGAGAGAAUAAAGGGAUUGUAGUCUCUAUGCAACAAAUUUUAUUGCAUAUACAAUGAUACGAGUAAUUAAUACUGCUAUUCGGUAAUUAAGCAAUCACACGUAUAAGAAAGUUUACACAAAUGUCCCAAGCCUAGAACGAAACGAAAAGUGCGACGACGGUGCAAGAGAUGAAUGCGUUUAAAAGCAAAAAAAAAAAAAAAAAAACUAACUUAAUAUCUAACGAAUUAACGAAACGUCGAAAAAUAAUAAUUCGUAUUAUUGAUGCUAAAAAAAGGCUAUCGUUGUCGAUAACGUUUUUUCUUCUUUUUUUCUUUCAUUUUUUUUUUGUUAACUAUUUAUUUACAACAAUUGAUAUGUGUCGAUAUUGGUCUUGCGACUUAAGGAUAAGUCGAGAAUAAAUUAUAAUAUGGUAACGGUAAUAAAGAAAAAAAUAUACUCGAAAUAUUUACUGUACAGGGAGGAUAAAAUGAAAGUAAAAAAAGAAAUACACGCACACACAUACACACGCACGCACGCUCGCGUGAAAAGCGGCUAGAAAUAAAUCCAAUCUUUUUUUUUUUUUUUUUUUUUUUUUUCAUAUU